GUUUAUCAUCUUCUAAUGUCUGAUCGUAUCAAAGGUCCAUGGAGUCCUGAAGAGGACGAGCAGCUUCGUAACCUCGUGGUUAAACACGGUCCUAGAAACUGGACGGUGAUCAGCAAAUCAAUUCCCGGUAGAUCGGGAAAAUCGUGUCGGUUACGGUGGUGUAACCAGCUUUCGCCGGAGGUUGAGCACCGUCCGUUCACGGCGGAGGAAGACGAGACGAUCGUGCGUGCGCACGAGCAGUUCGGUAAUAGAUGGGCCACGAUUGCUCGUCUUCUCAACGGUCGUACGGACAACGCCGUGAAGAAUCACUGGAACUCGACGCUUAAGAGGAAAUGCGGUGGUUUGGCGGAGGAUCACCGGCCGGUGAAGAAGAGAUCGGUGAGCGAUGGUGCUUCUCCUGUUGUUAAUGGGCUUUAUAUGAGCCCAGGAAGCCCAAGUGGAUCUGAUGUAAGCGAUUCGAGCACAUUUCCUGUUUUGCCCUCUGUUGAGGUUUUUAAACCUGUUCCGCGUGCUGGUGGUGUUAUUAUGUUGCCGCUUCCUACCGAGACGUCGUCGUUUUCUGAUGACCUCAGCCUGAGCUUGUCGCUUCCUGGUGCUGACGUCAGCGAGGAGUCAAACCGUAGUCACGAGUCAACUAAUGUCAACACUUUGAACCGCCAAAACAACAACACAGUGUCGCUCUUACCGUUCUCUAGUGGAUUCAGAGGUGCGAUUGAAGAAAUGGGAAAAGCGUUUGAUGGUAACGGUGGUGAGUUUAUGGCCGUUGUGCAGGAGAUGAUUAAGGCUGAGGUGAGGAGUUACAUGACGGAGAUGCAGAGAAACCACAAUAGUGGUGGUGGAUACAUCAGAGGAUUCAGGGAUAAUGGUUUGAUUCCGAUGAGUCAAAUUGGAGUUGGGAGAAUCUGAGUAGACCAAUGAGAGUUUAGGAAGAAAGAAAAGAAAAUACUGUUUUUCUUUCAAACAUUUGGGAUUUAGGCAUUAAUAAUUUUGCGUUUUUGAGAUAUGUAUAAAGAUAAUCAAGUGAGCAACCUUGAUUCAUAAUUAAAUAACUAAGUUUCCC